CUCAUCCAAAUUCAUGAGUAACUUACCUGUCCUAUCACAUGUUCUUCUCUAUCUUUAACCUAUUUCAAUUUCGAUACCCUUCUAAAUUUAUUGCAUUCACCAGUCUCUCGCUUUUCCCACUUCAAAAGUAGUGCCCAAAUCAGCCAAGGAAACCUCUUAUAAAGCUAUUCCGUGUAAAUUCAGAGAAAUCAUAGUUCAUGAACAGAAGGUUCUUCCAGCUUUUUCCUAAAAUCUAUUAGGUAGUUCAGGGAGGGAAUACCUACAAUUCUGCUCUAUUGUUUCACCUUCUUUUCAACACAUUCGUUUCUUUCUUUUCUUUUCCCUCAAGAACUUCAUAGGUUCCUGGUAAUGGCAAACGCCAAUGUUUACCUGACAUUCUUGCUUCUCCUAUGCCAACUAAAAUGGGGUCGAUCAGCACGAAACGUAGCAAACAAUUACGUGCAAGAAGCAUGUAAGGUAACCAGAUACCGUGCCCUCUGUAUCAACUCACUAGCAUCUUUUUCCAGCAUUGCUAGGAGAAGUCCAAGCACGUGGGCGCGAGCCGGCGUUUCAGUGACUUUAGGAGAAACCAAGAAUGUUGCUCAGUACUUAAUGAAAGUGAAGAAUUACAGGGAGAUGACGGGGAGAUACAAAAUUCCCCUCUCAGAUUGCAUGGAGUGCUUUCAAAAUGCUAUCGACCAGCUACACAGGUCACUUGGUGUGCUUAGGAAGCUAAGUGCCAGAAGAUUUUAUUCACAGAUGGGGGACGUAACUACGUGGUUGAGUGCAGCACUUACUGAUCAAGACACUUGCAUGGAUGGUUUUGAGAAUCCAAGGGGAAGGCAGGCCAAAAUGCUUCGGAAUCGGGUUAUGAGAGCCACAUAUUUUACUAGUAAUGCUUUGGCUUUGGUCAACAAACUUGCAACCUCCGGCUUGGAAAGCUUAAAUGAUCCAUGACGAUUCUUGAUGUAAAAAGAAGAGAUUUGGAUUAAAGGUUAAUGAUUAACAAGACUAUACGGUAACGAAUUGCAGCUGAACAAAGGGUUCAGAUGUUAAUUCAGUGUGAUAAUAAAGUCAAGCCGCCAGGCAUCAAAGAAUAUUUUGUUUCGAUGCAUCUAUGUAUGAAUAUUAAUAUGUAGUAGAGCCCCUGCUUUUAAUUCUAUCUACUCUUCUAAAAGCUUUCCUUUUA